AUGGCGAAGAAGGACCUGUUUUUUUGUGCCGCAAGGGAGCACGGACAAGAGCGCCCAGACUUGCCUCUGUGGGGUUUACGACCCGAGGUUUCACCAGAGACGGCCUUCCCCCUGCACUCAUCGAUGCCUAGCGUGAGACUACAAGAAGUGAAAGGGCUGAAAGGCGGCUUUCAAAUAUUGGACUUGAUGAACGCAGAUGAGUGCGAGGCCUUCGUGGAUGUCUUGGAGACCUUGGGCUUCCACACAGAUGCUGCCGUCUCAUUACCAUAUUCUUUCCGCCACAUGACAAACUGCAACCUUUGCGUACCAGAAUUUGUGGAUGAGACGCUCUUCAGACGUUGCGAGCAUCUUUUGCCCUCCAUUGCUGGCUGCAGACCUUUGGGAUUGAAUGCAAAGUUCCGGUGCUAUAGAUACCAGAAAGGUGAUUACUUCAAGCCACACACUGAUGGCUCAUGGGAUGGUUCCAGAAUUACCUCCAAAGGCUUCCAAAGUGAUGCUUACGGUGACCGGCACAGCCAGCUGACUUUCCUCAUUUUGUUGACUGAGGACUAUGAAGGUGGUUGCACCCGAUUCUUGGUGGGUGAGGACGACAAAGACCACGUCGCAGUGCGGACGCCGAAAGGUGGAGUUUUGUGCUUCCCACACGGGUACCAUCCAGACUCGCCACUACACGAGGGUGCUGAAAUUCAUUCUGGAGUGAAGUACAUCGUUCGAACUGAAGUUCUCUACCCCAUGGAAGCAAUGAAGAUUGCGAUUCCGCGCUUUUAA